GAUGUGUAUGGAUGGAUGUGAUGAGGAUGUUACAUCACUUGCAGUGCAGCCAGACGCCAGCAGCAGCAUCCAGCUCGGAGGUAACGCGGCGCUCAUAUACCCAACUGGCCAUAUUGUGCACCAGCUCUCCGCAAAUCGGCUGCGUCACACCUAAAAAAAACAUAUAGCGGCUCUGGAGCAAUAAAUUCACCCCAUCAGGAGAAAUACGCUGUAUUCAAAACGCUUCUCGGCUGAGCUGGUUGGUGUUAUUUUGUGCAGAGAAAAUGGUGAAACUGGGGAAUAAUUUCAGCGAGAAAAAUAACGGGAAGGUGGCGUCUGAAGACGGGUUUGACACCAUCCCUCUCAUAACACCAUUAGAUGCCAGUCAGCUGCAGUUUCCUCCACCAGAUAAGGUGGUGGUGAAGACAAAGGCCGACUAUAUUGAGAGCAAGAAGGGAAAACUACGAUCUCCUAAAAUCGCAGAAUUCUCAAUAAGCAUCAUUGAAGGCGUAUCUGAGCGACUCAAAGUGACUUUGCUGGUGAUCUGUGCCCUGGCCUUCCUGGUGUGUGUGGUGUUCCUGGUCGUCUACAAGGUCUACCAGUACGAGCAGCCUUGCCCCGACAGCUUUGUUUACACGCAAGGCCGCUGCAUGCCGGCUGGGAUGUACGGCAACUACCCCCCUCAGGGCCCUGGGGGCCGCGGGCGCCUCUUUACCCUCAUCAACCACUACAACAUAGCCAAGCAGACCAUCACCCGGUCAGUAUCACCAUGGAUGACCAUCAUGUCUGAGGAAAAGGUCACCCAGCAGGAGACGGAGACCGCCCAGAAACUGGCUUAACCAACCUGGGAUCAGGAGGUGGACUCACCUGCUUCAGAAAUAAAUAAAUAAUACGGUUGUGCCAUUCAAGCAAACCUCAAGAGUCCUGGGGCUUUCUGUUGGUGAAAAAUCAACUUCUCUUGCCUGAGAUGCUCUGCAGGCUUGUUGAUGUAGUUUGGGCAGCUGAUGUGCACUGUAGCAGGAAAUUUUGAACAUACUGAACAGCAAAGCAAGCCUCACCGACCGGGGUGGAUUCAUGGUUUGUUUGAAUCGCAUGUGUUGUUAUUUAUUUACACUUUAAAACUGUGUGGCUAAUGUGUAGAAAAAGCCAGUUAUACAAACACGUACACACACACAUACACAGUCUUUGUACAUAUAUACACACACACACACACACACACACACACACACACACACACACACACACUCUUUGUACAUACACAUGUAACAGAACUCACUUUAGUACUCACAUUUGUGAAAUGACUGUGAACCAUCUUGUGUCUGCGUUGCUUGUUUUAACGCACAUGCACGCACAACUCUUCAGUUGGUUUUGAACCCGUUUCUUUUGAAAUAGAUCAAGUACUGUUAUUGCAUGUCAGACCUCAUGAGGUCCAGUGGUACAUUUCCCAUGAAGCGACAAAGUGUGCAGCAAAUUUGCCCACAGAGGUCAUCUGUGUAGAAUAUUUUACCGUCAUAUUGUGAAUAAAUGAGGCUCGACAUGGAGGAAACCUUUUAACCAGCGGGAAAAAAAAAAGAUCUAUUUUAAUUGUGUUGUUUUGACGCAGCCCAUACGGCUCUCUGCAUAUAGUGCUGUUCAGGAGUUUUUAGUAUUUGAUGCAUCAAGUCUUUUCAACCAGCAUUAAUGAUUGUCUCCAUUCAUUUGAACUCUUUGUGAACACCGUGUGCUUUUUUUCUUUGCUGGCCACUCAAUGGUUACUUUUCAUAGCAUACCUUUUAUGCUACUGUAUUGAAUGUGUUUUUUGCAUUGCUAGUGAAGACACUGUAUUGUGCAAUGCUUUGCAUUGAUUAAUGUCCCCAUAGAUGGCUGUUGGCAGCCAUCACAGACACUAGACUUAGGUUGAUGUAGUGGAACAAUCUGACAGUAGUCGCUUGUCCUGUUGCUUUUCUUUUCUGCGUUUGUCAUGAAACCUAAAACUGUACCUUUUUCAAACAAUGUAACGAUUACCAUUGAAGUGCAUUUGCUACAUAAAAAAAAAAAUGUUAAAUGAAAAACUGAAAUAAAGUGCCCACAUUUCACACCUA